AUGUCAGAUUCAUGCAAUGGUGGAGGAGGGGAGUGUAUCAUACAGGUUGAGGUUCUAAAAUAUACCUUUUUAAUCCCAGAAAAUAUUAAGCAUAUUUUAGUUAGAACAUCUAUUCUUCUACUUCGUUUUGUUUUAAAUCAAAUGGUUUAUUCUCCAAAAAUUCUUGUUUUUCUAACAAGUAUCGCAAUGUUUUUUCGUAAUUUUAUCUGUAAUGCUCUAAUUGUGGAAAGAUUAUUAGCUACAAUUUGGGUAACUAAUUAUGAAAAUAAUCGUUCAUGUUGGUUCACAUUUAAUUGGGUUACAAUUGAUGUUAUUGUAACAGUAAUAAACGCUUAUUUCUUCACAAAUUCCUCAAGCUCGAAUAAUUUACUUGUAACUGUAAUAUGGCAGUUUAUUUUAUCAACCAUUGGAAUUAUUGAAAUUUAUGUAAAUAUUUUUGUAAAUAAUUUAUUUUUAAUUUAA